AUGGAAUCGGAUAAAGGUCAAAAAACAGUAGUGAUGUACAAACGUGAUUAUUUGCAUAAAAUGACAUCAUUACUAGAUGACAGAAACACGUAUAAAACAUUACGCACAGAUCCAACUAAUAAAUUGAUAACUACUAAUAACAACAUAAUAACAGAUCUUUACAAACAGAAACUAAUAACAAUACAGCAAAAAAAACAACUGCUAUGCAGUACAGCUAACGCUCCUAGACUAUAUGGAUUACCCAAAAUUCAUAAGUCUAAUGUACCCCUCAGACCAAUAGCGGACUCCACAAUGGUUCCUUGUUAUAAACUGUCAAAAUAUGUUGGAAAAGAAAUUCUAAAACCACUUAUAUCGUCAGAUUACAAUAUAAAAAAUUCCAGUGAAUUACUUGAGAAAUUAAAACACAUUAAAUUGGAAGACAACGAAAUAUUAAUUUCAUUUGACGUAAUUUCAUUGUUUACAAAUAUACCUACAAACCUGGCUACUAAAAUCAUCUUAGAAAAAUGGGAUAUUAUUAAAAAUACAACUAACAUCUCCAAGGCCAAAUUUUCGAGAAUUCUUGACUUUUGUCUUAAAGACAAUAAUUACCUCAUUUUUGACGAUCAGAUAUACCAACAGGUGUUUGGUAUGCCUAUGGGAAAUCCAUUAUCUCCUACUAUCGCGGACAUAGUACUUGAUAAGCUACUUGACGAAGCCAUAGCUGAACUCAAGACUAUGGGCAUAACUUUUAAAUUUAUUACCAAAUAUGUUGAUGACAUAUUUGCGGUUAUCAAAAAAUUUGACAAGGAAAUUAUUCUGACAACAUUAAAUAAUUUUCACCCAAAAAUCAAGUUUACAUAUGAAGAGGAACUGGACCAUAAACUUCCAUAUCUCGACAUUGAAAUUAUUAAACGAGAUAAUAAUUUAAUUUUCAAUUGGUACAGUAAAGAUAUAUCUUCAGGACGACUUAUCAAUUUUCACUCUUCACAACCUAUGAGCCAAAAACUAGGUACUGUGAAGAAUUUCAUCAAAAAGACUAAUUAA